CGGUUGUGUAUGAUAUCUAUCACUACCGCUUGAAUCAGGCGCGCUCCAUCGGCGUAAACAAAUCGUAAGUCGUCGAUUUGCAUUAGUAUACUACAUAAUAUCGUAACUGUACGUUUUUAUUGCCUUUCUACGUUUUAAAAUGACGAGCAGUAUUUUGGACAAGCAGCUUUUAUCACCGAACGUAAGAAAUGCAUUGACACAACUUUCAAACCGAAUAUUUUCUCCAACCGAGCAGUCGCAAUACGACAACUUAAAAAAUUCAUUACCAGGGAACACAGUAUCCACCAGCCUCCCACUUCAAAUGUCCAUGUACUUCAAUGCUUUCUUCUUCCCCUUCUGGCUCCUAGCAUGUAGUUUGAUGCUGGAAAUUAAAUACACAUACCUGGAUCCUACUUACCGUGUUAUAUUGAUCGCUAUACUUGUAAUAUUCUCUCUUGUGGAAGGAAUUCGACUUUUUCUUGGAAUAGUAGGAAAUCUACAAGAAAAGGUUCCAGAGCUCUUUGGGUUUCUUUUGCUAACCAUCUUACCCCAAGUUCCUUUCCUGUUAUUCCUACUUCUUAACGAGUUUACGAUAAUCCUUCCACUAGAGCGCGCUGUUCACAUCGUACAAGCUCUUUUACUUGUUGUUGAACUGAUUGCCGGCAGUAUUGCAGCAAAGGCAAUAACAAGACAACAAGCAACUAAAUUCCACCUGCAGCAGUUUGUUGAUCUUGAACACCUGCCUUCAGAUAACGUACAAGAUGUCUAUGUUAAUCCAAAUGCAACACUUUUUCGAAGGCAAAAUUUAAGAGCAUGAUCGUUCUGUUGGUUGCUAAUGCUUCUAGGGAGUGAUUCCAAAACCUUAGCCUAAAAAUGAGUUUCUCAUUGGAUAUGGUGGACUUUAGUGUCACAGAUUAGCGGUUUAAAAGACAUUUCACCAUGGUAUUAUUUUGUAAUGCAAAAGAAACCUUGUAACAGUAAUACAGUUUCAUAUACUUUUCCUUGGUAAUUUGUGAUUUUAGUAAUGCUUUUUAAUACUUGUUUGCUAGUGUAUAGUGAAAUACAAACUAUUUUCAUA